AUGAACGUUCCAAUCGAAGCACCAAUAGAAAUCAAAAAGAAAAUAGCUAAAAAACUUCAGAAAUCCGGCGCCCUUAAGCGUAUUGAAAGAAAGAUUAAACUUGGCAUGAUGGUUGCCGUUGAAGAAAUCAAAUCCGAACCAACAGAAAAGACUCACUUAGAAAGACUUCCAUUUAAGGAUGCUACGAUUAAUGAAAUCAAAGGAUUGCAGGCAAUAUAUGCAUAUUUAGCAAAGCGUAACAUGACAUAUACAUUAUCAACAUUGCUUGAAGAAUCAUGCGUUAAACGUCAAGCAAAUAGCAAUUAUGAUCUAUUAGAAGUACUUGAAUCUGCAAAUCAGCGUAGUUUUGAUGAAGAUGAAAUAGUUCCAUCUGUUAAGAAGCUCUUACCUCAAAAACAGUCACCAAAAGCCCAAAACAAGAAGAAUACAAAGAUAUUAUCAAAUGAUUAUAGCGAUGAUUACGAUGAAUUGUAA